UUAAGUCAUUUUAUUGAUAUUUAUUAUUAUCAACACUAACUUCCUGGUUAAAGAAAAGAAUACUUACAGGUAGUCAAAAAGAAACAACACAUAUGCCAAGGGAAUCCAGUCUGAAUAAUAUUGUCCUAAUUAACUUACAUUCUUAGACAACAGAAAGAUAUUUCAGUUUUGCUUUCCUAAAGAAUGGAUAACCUAGGUGAAAUCAAUUUUUGUAUCAUUGAUUUUCACUUUGAGAACUUGAGUUGGUACAUAAGCUGUCAAUGAAAAGAGGUGUGAUGUGAGGAAAUGGACAGAUUUUUGUUUGGUUCUGAUAGUUUUGUUCUGUAGAAUUUUGAGUACACAAGACGGUUGUUCAGGCCAGUAGAAAAUUUAAAUAAAUGGGGAAGCAGGAUGCAAAAUAAUGCAGAGUAAAAAACAAACAAAUCAUGAGAUUUUCACUAACAGAACUGAAGAAGAGAUCACAUAUAUCUCUCUCAUUUACCUCAAAACAGUGAGAAACCCAUUGAACACAAAGAAUGACUAAAGAUGGGAAUGAAAAGAAAUCUUCAUCAAAAAAAAAUCAUAAAAAAAAAAAACAACUAAGGAGAAAUGAGUGCCCAAAACACUUGAAUUAACUAAGUUAAGAGUUACUAUGACAUAAACAGUGUGAGAACUCCAGAAGAGAUUAAUUCUAUAGAAAGAAUAGCUAAAACCCCAGAAAAAAAAAAUGGAAUGGUUGGUUAUAAGAACUUCUAGAGGGGGUUGAAAAAAAAAGCUAAAGCAAUUUCCUUUUUAAAGGAAUUGAAAGAUGGCAUGGGAAAUUUGAUGAAAACUACUACAAGUUUUAUUCAUUUAGAGGAUAUUCUGAAAAACAACAUGGGAAAGGAAGAGCUGAAAAUUCUACUGCUAAAUGACAAAUUAGAGCGAAGUCAAAAGAUAACAAAAUUGGAAAAACAACAGAGAACUAGAUAGCUGAUCUUGAAGACAGAGCUUGAUGACAAUCUACAGAGCAUUUAUCUUCCAGAAAAGCAAUAUUUAAAAAAGGACUGAAGAUUAUAUUUCAGGGAAUCAUAAAAUUCACUCCAAAGUAUUUGAACCAGAGGGCAGAGAUCAAUGAACUGCACAGGAUACUUUGCAAAGAGAAAUAUCCUCGGAAAUAGAAUUUCUGACAUUCAGAGCUUGUAGGAAUAGACUAUCUCUUAGUGACUAGGAGAGCUCUCAUACCAGGUACCCAUUAUGAAUCAUUCAGGAUUAUUUAUAAGCAGUAACAAGUGAAGAGUAAAUCUGGGGCACGAUCUACCAAAAACCAAAUGAUGUCCAAAUAUGAGCAUAAUCACUGGGGAGAACCAAACUUGGAUUAUCAUAAUGACCAAUCUGAGUCCCAGGGAACUAAAUAAUGAAACCCUCCUCCAUCUUGGUUAUGAGAAGGACAUCUAACAGAAUCAGUGACUUCAAGGCAUUCUUUUUGUACUUUAUUGGCUGAGUUGGACAGGAACUUUUGAAUGCGAAUGAAGUAUUAAAAUAAAAAAAAAAUCGAAGAAAGUAAAUGUCUUUUGAGCUUGAAAGAACUAGAAGGUGUCUAGUGAAGGUAGCCUUAUAUUGUCAUGUUUUCCUUGGAAAUCUAAAGAGCAGAGUUCAGGUAUUGAGUAUUCAAAUAGAUUGCUAUUGUUUGUCCUUUGUUCUCAAAGUGGAUCAGUGACUCCAGGAGGAUGACUUGACUUGGAAGUGAAUUGCACUUAAGUGAGACUGGGCUGUGCAGAGUCUAUGGACUCACUCUCUCCUCUAGCUCUGAGUCCAGUGGCAAGACUGGAUAAUUAGAAAUAAUCCCAGUUGCAGUGGGAGACCUUGGCCUUUUUAAGUACCCUAGAACAACUUAUCUUUCUCUAGUGUAUCCUUAAGGUGAGGUGCUCUCUGUCUGCUGCAGCUGCUUUGGGGAGACUUAAACAUCUUUGCAUGAGACAUUAAGAGUUAAGUGUUUGAAAGGAAGAGAUACAAUUUCUAGGGGAUGUUUCUGCUGGGUUUCCUACCUCUAUCAAAGACAAAGGCUCCAAUGCAUAACACCGCAUUUAGGAGAAAGGGGAUGCUAGUGAGUGAAAGUUGGGGGGGGGGGUAACUAAGGCAAAGCCUGUUUAAAAAAAAAAAAAAAGAGAUAGACCAAAAAACUUCCAGGUUUUUAGACCAGAAGUGUUGCAAGCCAAGCAUGAAUUAUUGUAAUAACCAAUUUUAGUCUCAGGGAAAUAAAUGAUGUCACCUGCCUUCCUCCUCUUGGUAGAGAAAUAAGGGACUUCAUACUAUAUAGUAUUAUAUAGAUUGUCAGAUUUGGCGACUCUAGGGAUUGGUUUCUCUUAACUAGUAUUUUUUGUUAAGGGCUUGUUGGAGAAGACAUAUGAUGAAACUGAUGUAAAUACAAAAAGACAUGAAUACAAUGUACUUAAGAAAAACUGGAGUGCCACAGAUGAAUUAAGCAUAGUGUUACUUGUUUGGAGGAGAGCAGGAUCUAAACCACAUCUAGUCUAGGUUGGGCAAGGCUACGUUAUAUCACUAAACAUACUGCAGUGAUAAGGACAAAGAAGGAGUAGAGCACUGUAAUGUAACAUUUGCUGGAGGGAAUAAUGAGCAUUAAACUAAAAAUUAAUGUUAACAGAAUGAAUUCUUUCAUAAUAAUAAAAUGAUGGCAGAAUAGGUUAGAAAGUAACAAUUUGGAAUAUAUAAGAAACAUUGUUCAAAGUAUUGAUAAAAACUUAAAAUGAGUUGUACUAGAAUUUAUUAUACUUCAGUCCAAGAAAAGCAGUUAUAGUAGCCAUAACAUAGAUAAAAGGAAACUAUAUUAUUCUCAAAGGCGGCAUAGAUAAUGAAAUUCAUUAAUUAUGCUGCCAGUUAUCACUGUAUCCAAGUAUCUAAAGAAAAAAUGAACUGAAUUGCAGAGACUUUUAAAUAGGCAAUAGUUGUAGGUUAAGAGUUUUAGAUAAACCUAAUAGAUUUAAAAGUACAUAUUUGAACAAAAUAUUAGAAACAUGAGAUAUAAUAGAAUUUUAUUGUUAUAAAAGGAGAAUUUUAAGAAAUAUGCCUAUUUCAACCUUAAAUGGUUACUUUCAGGCAUGAAAGAUUUAUGAAUAAAUGGCUAAAAUAUAAAAAGCAUCCUUCUAGAACCCAUAUGAUUAUGUAUUCUAUGACACAGGGAGAUAUGAAUGAAGGCCCAGGUUUCAGUGGCAUUUAAGUAGUAUUAUUCUAAAACUGACAGGUCAAAGAACAAACUUUAGAAACAGACUAAUGGAAACAGCAAAGAUGAAUUUAUGUGUUGCCACUAAUAUAGUCCUUAGAAGAAAAUAUUUUACUCUUACUGUAUUCAAAAAGUUGGAGGUGGGAUUUGAAUAUUCAGCUGGAAAAAUAAAAAGUCCCAGCUAAGCAUAAAAGUAAUAUUUAGUUGAUAAAGUUGUUUUUAAAAGACUAAUACAAUUAACAGACCAUUAACUAAUUUGCUCCAAAAAUAAAUAAAUAAAUGAAAGGAGAAAACCAAAUUAUUGAUAAAAACUGAAAAAUUCACAGUGAAUGGAGUGGGAAUAAAGUAAAUUAUCAAAGCCAACUAGUUGUAUUUCAAAAAAAGAGCACUAAAUAGAUAGGAAGCUGGCCUUAGAGAUUAUAGCUGUGGUCAAAUCUGAUUUCUAAUGUAAUGUCUUGUUAGCAUUUCAAAUGACCACAAAUUGUACUGAGAGGGAUGUGUUUACCUCAUUUUCCCUAGAAUGGCACAGUAACAGAACCAGAGUAUAAUUUUUCAGGAAAAAAAAAACCAAAAUAAGUGAAAUGACUGAAUUAGUCUUAAAAUUGCUAAUUUUUCAUAUUUAUAAAAACGGUUUAAAAAAGAUUGUGAUUAACUGGAUCUCAGAAACAGAAACUGUGAAAGUCAUAAAAAACUCCCAGAGAGGAAGAAUCAAACCAACAACCAAUCAACCUCCCGGUCUUUGUGGAUUUACUUUUUACUAGAUAACUUUUGUCUCAUAUCUACAAAACCGAAUCUUAUUUACAUAAAAUGGCAGAGAAAAAAGCUCUUCAUCAUUCUCACCAUGAUGCCCUGGUACAGAUCCAGUCAUCUCCAGUUGGCCAUAAGUUGGGAUAGCAAUGGAAGUUUUUUGAAAGCAAAGACAGUUGUGUGUUUGUCUUUGUAACCCAGGGCCUACAAUAUUGUCCACAGCAGAUAAUUUAUUAAUGACUAUUUAUUGAAGAAAAGCUUUAUGUAUUGGGCAACACAAUUUAAAAGCUAUUCCUAAGGACAUUUGACUUUUUCAUGUACUUAAAGAUGACAAUGGUGUGUCCCCUUUUUGUGUUCUUUGCUCCACUGGCCUGUUAUCCUCCCUACUUUGGGUUCUUUCUCAUCAGGUCUUGUUUCUACAUUUCUAACCUUCUCUAAUUCCUGGAGCAGCAAGUGCUUUGUCAUUAUCCAAUAGCUAAGCUACCCUGAGACCGGUGCCUUUGUAAUUGAUUUUUCCCUUUUUUAAACCUCAUGUUGAUCUUGCAAUUAGUCAAAUUCACCAAAUAUCUUACCGCACAUUGAGGUUUAACUAAAAUUGUCAGACCUUCUUUCUCAUGUAUUUAGUUACUAAACCACUUCUCCCCCAUCUGGUACUUAUACAAAUGCUUUCUUACAACUGCCUUUGGUUUAUACAUGUUAAUAUUAUCUCUUUCUCAUCUAUGAACCAUUCCUGUCUAAAAUAAUCUUUGAAAUCUUGCUGUGAUUGUUGUUAUUCAGUGUAUUGGAUAACCAGCUUGCCUUGUGUCAUUUGCAAAUGUCAAAGAAAUGUCUUCUUUUAAGUCAUUAUUAAUUGUCAAAUAGGACAAAGACAAGUCCAUGCAUUGCUGGAGACCUCAAUCAAGUUUGCUAUCAACCCAUUAAUCAAACUCUUUGAGCAUUAUAGCUUAAACAGUUAAAUAAACUGUUUUAGAGUACUAUAUCCAAACCACUUUCUACCUUCAUCUGCCAAAAGUACAUGAAAGAUUUUUUCAAAUAUGACUCCAUAGGCUGCAUAUGUUAUAACUACUUUAUUCUCAUAUAGUAGGCUAAUUUAUUAGAGACAAAGAGCUACAUGUAACAUGCUUUAUUUGUAUUGCUUCUUUUCAGUUAUUCAUGGGCCAUCUGUUUUGUAACCUAUUUUUAGAAAUUUAUCCAUCAUCAUUACUGAAACUUGUUAUUGGUAGUAUUCAGAAUUUUCUCUUUCCAAAUAAUGACAUGUCUUUUUAGUGUUUAUGGUCCUUUGGUUCUUAUGGUUCUUAACUUUUAAUUUCUUAAAGCUUAAUUAUCAGUCACCAGUCUUCUUAGUUUAGUGGUUCAUAAAACUUUUAGCUUGGAUAUUUGAAUUUAAUUUUUCUCUCAAUAUGAUGUCUGAAAACUUUGUUUUUAAAAAUUAUUUAACCACACUGAGCCUGUUUCCUCAUAUAUGUAACCUGUCCUACUUGGAUCUGAGGUUUGUUGUUAUGGUCCAAUAUUAUAAUACAUACAAAAGUUAUUUGAAAAGUAAAUAACUACAAAUGGAGGCCAAUGUCAGAUCUGAAGAUUAUGCUUGAUUAAGGAAACAGAAAGUGAGACAAAGUAUAAAACAAUUUACUUUCUGCCAGUAAGGGGGAAAGGAUAUAUUUAUAUUUUUUAUUUCCUUCAGAUUGGAAGACUAGGCCUGAAACCAAUGCGUCUCUUCCAAAGAUGGCCAUUUCUAUGGAUCAAUCAUCACAGGAGAGACACACAUGCAACUGGGACUUCAGAUUGGGAGAAGGCAUGGAAUAUGAUGAUAAGUUAGAAAUGAAGCUGAGAAAUCAGGAAAGUCAUUUAGGACAAUUGAAAGUUACCUCUCAGAAAACACUUCCUGAAGGACAAAAUGAUGAAUGUCAUACAUUUGAAAGAAGCUUUAAUUUGGAGUCAUUAAUUGCUCUACAACAGAAGGACCCCAUCGGAAAAAGUCAACAUGAAUGUGAUACAGAUGGAAAGGACUUCAGGCAAUAUUCAAACCCAGUUAAGCAUACAGAAAUCAACUCAGGGAAUACAUUUUCUAAUUGUAAUGAAUGGGGGAAAUGCUUCAGUUAUCAAUCAGAACUUAUUAAUUUACAUAGAAAGUCUAAUGGAGAAAGAGCUUAUGAAAAUGAUCAGUGUGAGAAAAUCAUUAACUGGGCCACAGACCUUAUUGGACACCAGAAGAUUCACACUGGAGAAAAGCCUUAUAAGUGUAAUGAAUGUGGGAAGGCCUUUAGCCAGAGUACAAAACUUAUUUACCAUCAGAAAAUUCAUACUGGUGAGAAACCCCAUAAAUGUAAUGAAUGUGGUAUUUCCUUCAUGCAUCACUCAUCCCUUACUUACCAUCAGAGAUUUCAUACUGGAGAGAAAGCAUAUGAAUGUAAUCAAUGUGGAAAGGCCUUCAGCUGGAGCACAGAUCUCAUUAGACAUCAGAGAAUUCACACUGGAGAGAAACCUUUUAAAUGUAAUGAAUGUGGGAAAGCCUUUAUCCAGAAUACAAAGCUCAUUUAUCAUAAGAAAAUUCAUACUGGAGAGAAACCCCAUAAAUGUAAUGAAUGUGGUACAGCCUUCAUCCAUCACUCAUCCCUUACCUAUCACCAGAGAGUUCAUACUGGAGAGAAACCUUAUGAAUGUAACCAAUGUGGGAAGGCCUUCAGGCGCAGCACAGACCUGAUUAGACAUCAGAAAAUUCAUACUGGGGAAAAGCCUUAUAAAUGUAACAUAUGUGGGAAAGACUUCACUCAGAGCUCAUCCCUUACUGUACAUCAGAGAAUCCAUACUGGAGAAAAACCCCAUAAAUGUAAUGAAUGUGGCAAGGCUUUCAGUGAACAUUCAUCCCUUAUUUGCCAUCAGAGAAUUCAUACUGGAGAGAAAUCUUAUGAAUGCAAUCAAUGUGGGAAGGCCUUCAGACAAAGUGCAAACCUUACUGUACAUCAGAGAAUUCAUACUGGAGAGAAGCCUCAUGAAUGUAAUGAAUGUGGUAAAACCUUCAUUCAACAUUCAUCUCUCAUUUAUCAUCAGAGAAUCCACACUGGAGAGAAAUCAUAUAAAUGCAAUGAAUGUGGAAAGGCCUUCCGACGGAGCACCGACCUUAUUAGACAUCAAAAAAUCCAUACUGGAGAGAAGCCUUAUAAAUGUAAUGAAUGUGGGAAAGCCUUCAUUCGGAGUUCCUCUCUUUCUGUACAUCAGAGAAUUCAUACUGGAGAGAAACCUUAUGAAUGUAGUCACUGUGGACAGGCCUUUAGCUGGAGUAGAGACCUUAUCAGACAUCAGAAUAUUCACACUGGAGAAAAGCCAUUUAAAUGUAAUGAAUGUGGGAAGGCCUUUACCCGGAGCUCAUCCCUUACUGUACAUCAAAGAAAUCACACAGGAGAGAAACCUUAUGAAUGUAAUCAGUGUGGAAAGGGCUUCAGCAGGAGCACAGAACUGAUUAGACACCAGAAAAUUCAUACUGGAGAGAAGCCUUAUAAAUGUAAUCAGUGUGAGAAGGCCUUCAGCUGGAGCACAGACCUCAUACGACAUCAGAAAAUACAUACUGGAGAGAAGCCUUAUGAAUAUAAUGAAUUCAGUCCAAUUCAGUUUAAUGAACAUUUAUUUGCCUACUUUAUGCAAGGCACUAUGCUAGACACUGGGGAUACAAAAACAGAAAUGAUGCAGUCCUUGACCUCAGGCUAA